AUGUCAUCGAUAACAACCGCCAUCCCCUCCGGCCCAGUCAACACUCCCGGUAUUGGCCCAGAUUACAGAGGCAAUAAAUGGUGCAUACAAGGCCUAAUCGACAUCUUCGAAUCCGAUACGCCACCCUACACCUACAACGAAUGCGCAAACACCACCUUGUCCGAAAAGAAAUCCGACUUUGAAACCUUCUGCUGCGACGGCUCCAUCAUUGACACAAGCUACAACCUCUGGGGGCAGCGCGACAUUUCAGAUUACCAGCUCGAUAUCGCAAACCUGCGUGUCUGCGCCGUUGGCGAGUUUGGCGGCGACGAACAGCAAUAA